AUGCCAUUUGUGGAAUACAAAGAAAAUCCCAUAGAAGAAUGUGAUAUUGAAGUAGAGGAUCAAAUGAUAAUUGAUUAUGAAGAAAAUUUGGAGUUAGAUCAGUCUAAAAGUUCCUCACAUUCUAAUGCUAAUGCUCUUUUCUUUCUAAAAACUUCUUGGGGUUUGAUUACUCAUCAAUGA